AUGCUCCAUUACCGCACACAAGGAUAUAACGGUUGCGCCGUCAAAUACUCCCCAUUCUUUGACAAUCGACUAGCCGUUGCAAGCUCCUCAAAUUUUGGCCUAGUUGGCAAUGGCCGCCUUCAUAUUCUAGAGUUGACUGCGAAUGGAAUCCAACCGCUAAAAUGGUUUACGACACAAGACUCCCUAUAUGAUCUCGCAUGGUCCGAACUUCACGAGAACCAAGUCCUCGCCGCAUCCGGCGACGGCAGCAUCAAACUAUUCGACUGCACAGCGAACGACUUCCCAAUCUCAAAUUGGAAAGAGCACGCGCGGGAAGUAUUCAGCGUCAGCUGGAACCCCGUCGCAAAAGACCGCUUCUGCUCAAGUAGCUGGGACGGCACGGUCCGCAUUUGGUCGCCGCAUCGCCCACAGUCCCUCCUCACCCUCCCAACCCACAGCUGCACCUACUCCGCAUCAUUCUGUCCGCACAGUCCAGACAUCCUCUCGUGCGUGACAUCAGACUCAUACGUGCGCGUGUUCGAUCUCCGCACACCGGCCUCCGCUUCCAACCACCUCGUCACCCAGAUCCCCAUCCACGGCGGACCCCCCGCUCCUGCAAUCCCCGGCCAGCCAGGCGGCCCUACCCCGCCCGCCGAGGCCCUCACUCACGACUGGAACAAAUACCGCCCCACUGUCUUAGCUACGGCGGGUGUUGACCGUGCUAUCAGGACGUUUGAUAUCCGGGCCCCGCAACAAGGGCCGCUUGCCAUUAUGCUCGGGCAUGAAUAUGCUGUGCGAAAAGUGGCUUGGUCGCCGCAUCUUUCUAAUGUUCUUUUGAGUGCUAGCUACGAUAUGACUUGUCGAGUGUGGAGUGACCGGUCGGACACGGGCCCGGGCGGGGAUAUGGAUAUGAUGCGCGCUGGCCCAGUGAUGGGUGCGGAACUAGGGCGCAUGGGUAGACAUACCGAGUUUGUGACGGGUGUGGACUGGUGUCUCUUUGGAAGUGAGGGCUGGUGUGCUAGUGUUGGCUGGGAUGAGAAUCUAUAUGUGUGGGAUGUGCGAGCCACGAUGUCAUAG